AUGCUGCAAAGGAAUAUCACAAAUAAUGCUAAUAGCUUCUUGAGAGAAAUGAGCACUAUCAUGCAGGUGAAAUAUGAUAAGUAUUGGGGUCAAGCAGACAAUAUGAAUCCAUUGCUUUUUGUGGCUGUCAUUUUGGACCCUCGGUAUAAACUAGCAUAUGUGAAUCAUAUGUUUGAUCUUCUUUACAUUGAUCCUGAAGUAUGCUUGAUUAUGAAGGAGAGGGUCAAAGAUUGUUUGUAUCGGUUGUUUAAUGAGUACUCUGAUGGGGUUUCUAUUGACUCAGGGACUACCUCCACAAGUACAACAGUUGCAACUUCAUUGCCUUCUUUUGAUGAUGAUGAUGAUGAUGGUGAAGAGGAUCCAGGUCAUAAGUGA